UUUUCGUUCAAUUGUUUUGAACAACAAACAAGUGGGUGAAAUAACGCGUCGGGGUUUCGUCGGUACGGCUCUCUGGCUUAACUACACAGCUGCUCUCUUAAGACUGCGUUCGUGAGCGUCAUUUGUUUAUUCACGCCGAUGUUUGUUAUAGGUUGAUUCUAUUGUUGUUGCUGGUCUUUUUGUUUUUUUUGCUUUUUGGUAGCAGCGGCGGCAGCUGUGCUGAUCUGGCAUAGCCCGCGGCGAGUGGCACGUCGCAGCUGAAAAACCGGCGGCUAGUGCUGAAAGCAUUGGCAUUGUGAGACGACUUGAUUCCUGAUGAGCCACAAAGCGACCGAAAAAAUGAACGGACGCACCAUACGCAUCAAUCGGGUGCCAGCUACCAUAACUGCCAUUCUGCUGACCAUUGUGCUUGUCUACUUUCUCAACUUCCACAAGGAUGAGCGGCCCGCCAUUUAUGGCAUGCUACGCAGCGAUAACAAAGUGAAUCUUCGCAAAAUGCUAAUUGCCGCCAUACAGGCGGCACAGCGCGGCGGCCUGGAGGUGCUCGAUGUGGCGCAUACGCGCCAGCUAAAGGAGCGCAGCAAGGGCAAAACGGCGGAAGGUGUCAACGAUCCGUUUACGGACGCGGAUGGCCGUUCGCAUUGCGUGAUGAAGCAGGGAUUGCAACGCAUUUUUCCGCGUGUUCGCAUCUUUUCCGAGGAGGACAAGGAGCAUUGCAAAGAUGCGCACAGCUUCGAUCUGGAUCCCACUGUGCUGCACGAGACAGCCAGUGUGCCCGACGUGGCAGUAACCGCGCAAGAUGUGACCAUUUGGGUGGAUCCGCUCGAUGCCACCAAAGAGUUUACAGAGGAGCUGUACGAGUAUGUUACGACCAUGGUGUGCGUCGCUGUCGCCGGUCGUCCAGUGAUUGGCGUCAUACACAAUCCGUUCAGCGGCCAGACCGCUUGGGCGUGGGUGGGCCACAGCAUGUCCGAGUAUCUGGAUGAGCUGCACAAGCAGCCGCGUCUCAACUCCGAUCAGCCCAUUAUCACCGUUUCGCGCUCGCAUGCCGCCGCCGUCAAGGAAGUGGCGCGCAAUGUCUUUGGCGAGAAUGUCAGCUUGCUGACAGCCGCUGGCGCUGGGUACAAGGUGCUACAAGUGGUGGCCAACAAUGCGACCGCCUAUCUGCACACCUCCAUAAUCAAGAAGUGGGACAUUUGUGCCGGCGAGGCCAUACUGCGCGCCCUUGGCGGCGCCAUGUCAACGCUCGACGACGAGCCCAUCAAUUAUGGGCCCCACGACUCGCCAGUGAAUAGCGGCGGCCUUCUGGCCAGCCUAGACCAACAUGCGGAGUACAUGGAGCGCUUCGCCAAAUAUCGCUCGACGCACAAUGGCAAGCUCAGGUAGUGAAGGAUACGUCUGCUAAUACCCAAUCCUUUGAAUCUCUGCCGGCAGCUGCUGGACGCGUGCAACGUCGUCAGCUUAGGCUUAAGUUAAAUGAUAGAAAACAAAAUAAAAUAAACCGGUUCCUGUGCCGCACAGCUUUUAUUAGCUUUCUUUAGGCGGGUCAUGAACCCGCAGAACGCAAACAACACGCAGAUUGAGUCCACAAAAUAAAUGAAAAUAAUUUUAUGUUCUGUUUAGCUUUUUACGAAAAUGUUUAUAUCACGAAUUCGCUGUAUGUUGAACUGUCAAGUGUUAUUCUUUUGUUUAAUUGUUUUCGAAUAUUUUCGGGAGCAUUAAUUGAAGUGUAAAAUAUGUUAAUUUUCAUAUCUUUUGUCACUCAGCAAACUGGUGCUAUCCGAAUAAACAAGAAUAAACAAAUA